CUCCAAGCCCAGUCCAGACCCCAAUUUCUUUACAACUUCCCCAAAAUGUUCUUCUUUUUUUCCAGCUUAAUUACCCAGCUUCUUCUUCCAUCUUAAUCCAUUCAAGGUAUUAGAUCAGUACAUGAUGGCUGAAUUCACAGAGCUAUCUGAAGAUAUUAUUCUCGAUGUCAUUCGUUGGCUACCCGUGAAAUCCCUGAUCAGAUUCACCUCCGUUUCGAAACGGUGGCGUUCCAUCAUACUCUCCGACCCCCAAUUCGCCGCGUCUCAAUUCAACGCAGCUCGCCGGCGUAAAACGAACAGGCUACUCCUCUCCACCGACGCCCCUCAGCUUGCCACUCUAGACUUGGAUGAUACGCCGUCGUUUAACGUCAGCAAGCGGAGCUUCCCUUUCGAGCAACCGGGGAUCGGUUGUCGAGUCACCCUACUCGGCUGCUGCAAUGGCAUGGUGUUUGUAGCGGUUGAUCUUGUCCAGUUCUACGUCUGGAACCCGGCAACCGGAUUCUUCAAGCAGCUGCCGAAGCCGGAGUUUGUGGAUGGUCUAGUGCUCAGGGAGCAUGGUGUUGGCUACUUGUCUGCCACCGACGACUACAGAGUAUUGGCAUACUCGGUUUGGAUUGAUGGAGAUGAGAAUGAUGAGGCAGAGAUACAUGUAGAUGAAGAGAUGAAGAUGUUCUCCUCCAAAGCUCACGUCUGGAAAACAGUCCAAUACCCUGCUCAUUUCGUAGCCUAUACUCAUCGGGGGAUUCUUCUCAAUGAGGCACUUCACUGGUCCUUGUUGGAUGACAUCGUUGUUUUCGAUUUCGCAAGUGAGGAGUUCAGGACAAUGGUGCUUGUGCCUGGUCGACAUGAUGGAGUAGAACUCGGCAGUGUUGGGGUUAGUGAGGGAUGCCUCUGUGUAUGCGGUUAUGUGAUUACCUCUGUUGGUUGCAGUGUGGAUUUCUGGGUGAUGAGAGAAUAUGGUGUGGCUGAGUCAUGGACUAAGCUCUUUAACUUUGCUUAUGCUCCCACCCACCAUCCAACACCGUACAGCGAUUUCUUGGUUAUGGAGAACUGUACAGUUGCUGUAGAACCUACUGGCGACGACAUUUGCUUGUUGAAGAAGAUUGAUCAUAAACAAGAGAGUGAAACUGGCAUGUAUAUGAUUCAAGCCUGCCCUAGCCUUAGCAUGAUUCCGUACGAACAGAGCCUACUUCGGAUAGAUGAUUAGUCCUCUGUGCUGAUAAUCAGACAUGUUAUAUCAGAGAUGUGGUAGGGGUCUCUGGAUAUUGGAACUGAUUACUUCAUGAUCAUGAGGUGUGGACUUGAUGGAAGUGGAUGCACUAUUAGUGGUUAGGAGAUUUCUUAAAACUGUUGGUUUAGGAACUGAACUGACAUAUAUUCAUGUUUUGUAUAGAUGACAAUGAUGGACUAUGUUGUGCUUAUUUUGUUUGCUUCACUUUGUUGAA